AUGGCUCUAAGGUUUCACCUUCUCUCCACAAAACUCCUCCCACAGCCCACAAAUUUCCCCGCCCUCCCCUUCCCUUCCUAUGCCGCCGCCACCACCAGUUUCAUUAAAUUCAAUUCGAAACAACAGAAAUGCCUAAAAAUCUCAUGCACCAACGAAGAAAUCAGUACCGACGAAAUGCUGGCAGUAGAACUCGACCUAGAAAUCAGCAAGUUGAACACCCACAAGUUGCAAACAGAAGAAGCCUUGAAGAAAAGCAGGGAGCUAUUAUUCACGGAAUUGUGCAAUUUCAUGGGAUUGAAACCGGAGGAUUUGAAGAAGCAAUGGGAAAGAAUGAAUGAAGAGGAAAAAUGGGUUUUGGCUAAAGGGUUUGUUACAGAGUGGAGUGCCCAUUUUCAUCCAUUGUCUGCCAAAUCUGUUAAAGAAAUGGUUGAUGAACAUUUGGUUGAAGAAAAGCCACCUUCAGUGGCGGCUUCCAACAAAUUCUUCCCCAAUUUCGGAAAACUGAUUGGGUUUUCCCUAAAUUAG